AUGGGAGAUCCCUCUAAUCGCUUCAUAGACCGUAUAAACUCGUGGGCGAAAGCACAUGCCUCGAACCGCCAACCCGCAGACGCCCGCCGCUCUAUUCUUCCACUGAGCACCCAGCCCGGCAAUGGGACUGUCGCGUCCUCUGCCUCAACCACGUCCGAGAAGCCCGAGCACUCGCACCCGCGCCGCCCGAGCACUGGCAGCCAGCCCACCGUGAGCAAUGUCGCCGACUCGCACUCUUCGCCUGCCCCCGCCGCCGGCAAUACCCAGCAUGAUGGAGCUGCGUCUUCCGCCCUAGCCACCGGCGAGAAACCCUCCCUCCCUACUCGCACAAAGAAUGCCACUAUCCGCUUCUUUCAGCACUCCAAAGAUGCUCUUUGCUACAGCUGGGUCAACGUGUUGCUGGUCUUCGUCCCCAUAGGCAUUGCCAGUAAGCCGGCCGGCAUGUCCCAGGAGCUCGUCUUCUCCAUGAACGCCGUAGCCAUCAUCCCGCUUGCCGGUCUCCUCAGCCACGCCACCGAGAGCGUCGCUUCGAGGCUCGGAGACACGCUAGGAGCUUUGCUCAACGUCUCCUUCGGCAACGCUGUCGAGUUGAUCCUGUUCAUAAUUCUGCUUGCCAAGGACGAGAUCCGCGUCGUCCAGGCUUCGCUGCUUGGCUCGAUCCUUGCCAACUUGCUUCUUAUUCUUGGCAUGGCUUUCCUCCUCGGUGGCUUGCGCUUCCAAGAACAGGUGUACAACAGCACCGUCACCCAGAUGAGUGCUUGUUUGCUCAGCUUGGCUGUCAUGAGUCUGUUGUUGCCCACUGCCUUCCAUGCUUCGUUCUCCAGCAACAGCACGGCCGACUACAAGACGCUUCAGGUCAGCCGUGGAACUAGCGUCGUUCUACUUCUCGUAUACGUGCUGUACCUUCUGUUCCAACUCAAGUCUCAUGCCUACCUCUACGAGAGCACUCCCCAGCAUAUCAUCGACGAAGAGUCGCACCCAGGUGUCUUGGCCGACAUGCUCAACUCUUCCAGCUCGUCAGACUCGUCCAGCUCCUCCAGCAGUUCGGACACUGACAGUUCAUCGGGGUCGAAUACCACGGCGAAGAAGAUUAAGCGAGCUUUCAGGAACCGUAGGCGUCGCAAGUCUAGCACAAGCUCCACCAAGGAGACCCCGUCCCUUCCCUCGGUCCUGAGCACUCCGUCAGUCGAGAACCACCGGGCCUAUCUCGGUAACCAGGCCAACGGCCAAGAAGGUAGCUCUUCCAGGCGUGAAUCGGUCCUGGGUGCUAUCCUGAGCGGAGACGAAGCCGACACGGACGAGUUCGCAGUGCACACUGGUGGCUCCCGAGUUCGCGAUUUUGAAACCGGAUCUUCCGCCUCUCCAUUAGCCGAGAAACCCCGGAAGAAGCACAAGAGGAAGCACAGGAAGCAGGCCAAUGCCACCGAGCCUGAAGGGGAAAUGAACGAAAAGGACAGACCCGAGCCGUCCAAGGCAGCCCCAGCUGAAAAGAGUUCUCGUCGUGUUGGGUUUGCCGAAGAACCGGUGCCAGAACCUGCUGAUGGACCUACGUCACCGAACUCUGCCAGACGUCCCUUUAACCUCCGCCAACUUUCCACCCGUCCCGCAGUGCUCCCGUCCAUGCCAGGUUUCCUUCAGAACAAUGUCUUCGUUACCCCGCCGCCUACUGCCGCACCUGGCAUGAACACUGGCCGUGGCCAGGGUUUGCGUCGUACCGCGUCUUUGCCGGACCGCCUUAACAGGACUUCGAAUAGCUCAGCACGCCGUUCCUUGCCCCCUAUGGCAGCCUACCCUGGACAGGCGAAUCCUGAGGACCCGGUCGAAGAGGGCGAAAAGCCCGAGAUGUCUCGUACUUCGGCUGUCAUGAUGUUGAUUAUCAGUACCGGUUUGGUAGCUGUAUGUGCCGACUUCAUGAGUGACGCCAUCGAGCCAUUGGUCGAAAGCACCGGUAUCAGCCAGGCCUUCAUUGGUCUCAUCAUCCUUCCUAUUGUCGGCAAUGCUGCAGAGCACGUCACUGCAGUGACGGUCGCUGCGAAGAACAAGAUGGAUCUUGCCAUUGGCGUCGCUGUUGGCAGCAGUAUUCAGAUCGCCAUCUUUGUCACUCCCUUCAUUGUCAUUCUCGGCUGGAUCAUGGGCAAAGACAUGUCUCUCUACUUCAAUAUCUUUGAGACUGUCUCCCUGUUUGUCACGGCGUUCGUCAUCAACUUCUUGAUCCUCGACGGACGAAGCAAUUACCUCGAGGGUUCUUUGCUCAUCGCCGCCUACGUAAUCAUUGCUCUUGCUUCUUUCUUCUAUCCGGAUGGCUGCGAAGCCAGUCAGAUCGGUGGUUCGGAGGGGUCAUGCUAG